CUCCUCCUGCCAGACUCCCAGGCCAAGCAACGUCGCCAUACGGAACAUCCUGCCCUCAGCGGAGAGGGGGAGGAGAGAGAGAGAGACAAGAGAGAGAGAGAGAGUGUGUACAGAGAAAGAGACAGAUUGUGUGUGUACAGAGAGAGAGCGAGAGAGGAGAGAGAGAGAGAGACUGUGAGUGUAUUGAGAGAGAGAGAGAGAGAGAGAGAGAGAGAGAGAGAGAGACGAGGUUUGGCGUCUCCCGGUAGUAAAUCUAUCAGGUCUCGAGCACAAAAAACUCAGAGAAACAGACAGAGAAGAGGGUAGAAGAGGCCUCGCGGUAAUCUCAUCGUUUACCGGUGACUUGGACCAGCAGCAGCGCGUGAAGCCUUGGAUUAAAAAGCCCGACUAGAAGGACUGAUGGUCGCGCGGACGGGCGGCGCGCUCUGAAGUUGAACAGACUACCGAGAGAGACAGCAAGCAGCAGCAGCUUCUUGUCCGCUCCCCCCCUCCCCACACACCUCCCCGUAUCCCCGGGAAGGCAGCGGCGGCACCGGGAGGCUGUGCCCGCGCACCCCGACCAUGAAGCUGCCCUGGCUACUGACGCUCACGGCGCUGCUUGCUCACGCCGCCACGGGACAGACUUGGUCACCGUCUAUCGACGACGAAGGCUCAACGAGAGAUGAGUUCUACGACGAUGAGGACCUCUACUCAGGCUCUGGCUCUGGCUUCCCUGAGAUCAGAAUGAGGCCGACAUCAGUGGGUGUGUCAUUCACCACAGAAGAGCCCCUCCUCCUCUCCACCACCCAGGCCACCGGCCCCGCCCCCUCUGCCUCACCUGCGGCUGAGCCGAGCCCCAACCCGGAGGACCCCACUGCCACCCCGCUGCCCACCGAGGCUGAUGGAGAGAGCGGUGUGUUCUGGGAAAGAGAGAGAGAGCUGGAGAAGGAGAGAGAGAGGGAGGAAGAGUUGGAGAGAGAGAGAGAGCAAGAGAGGCAGAGGGAACUGGAGAGGGAGAGAGAGAGGGAGAAACAGUUGGAGAGGGAGCGAGAGAGGGAAAGAGAGAGGGAGCGGGUCCGGGAGAUGGAGAGAGAGAAGGAGAGGGAGAGAGAGCGCGAGCGAGAGAGGGAACGUGAGAGAGAGAGAGAGAAAGAGAGAGAGAGGCAGAGAGAGCGGGAGCUUGAAAGAGAGAGAGAGCUGGAGCGAAUCAGGGCCGCAGCCCAGACCACCACCGCCCCACGAUCCCCUGCUGCCAUCCCUGUGGUGACCACCAACCCAGCAAUCAGCACUGCGGAAAGUGCAGCACCCUCUGCCGGUUCGGAUGACCUGAGCACCACAGAAGAAGAAGAGGACGUCUACCUGUCACCUGAACCCACAUCGUUUUACCCAGGCUUUGACAUAGAAAUCACCACAGAGGAAGACAUGUCCCCCACAGCAGAGACCACCCCUGAGCCCACAACGGCUGCACCUACCACCACCACCACCGCCGCCGCCACCACUAUCAAGACCAGGAUCCCCUUCAGGCCCAGGGUUCCCAUGUCGACAGCCACUCAGGCGGUGCCAACAGAGAGAACAACUCGCUCUCAGCAGCCCACAACUUCACAGGAGGGUAACGACGUGGGUGCUGCAGGGCCAAGUGGAGAUUUUGAGAUCCGGGAUGAUCGCCGCAACGAUCUUGGUCGAGGAAUAAUGCCAGUGGAUCCCGAUCUGAUUGGCAACACAGUGGACGGAGGAAGCUCUGCCGCCCAGCUGCCGCAGAAAAACAUCCUGGAGAGGAAAGAGGUCUUGAUAGCGGUGAUAGUGGGAGGAGUGGUGGGCGCCUUGUUUGCCGCCUUCCUGGUGAUGCUGCUGGUAUACAGGAUGAAGAAGAAGGAUGAAGGCAGCUACACGCUGGAGGAACCCAAACAGGCCACUGUCACCUACCAGAAACCAGACAAGCAGGAGGAGUUUUAUGCAUAACACUCGUAUGCCAGAGAGACGCACCGCACACCGAGGGAGAGAGAAAGAGCGAGAGAGAGAAGAGAGAAAGAUACUCUAAGCCCCUCGUCCUCCCCCUCCCCCUCCUCCUCUUCUUCUUCGUCGCUUCCCCCUCAUCUGCUCGCCUCUCCUCAUCCCUCUCUCCUCUCGUCUCCAAAACACAUGAGAGCGCCUUUCUCUCUGCGGACUUGGAACUUUCUUUUCCAUGAAAAUGAGAAAGAGGACAAAAAAAGAAAAAGAAAAAAAAAAUUCCAAAUAUAUUCUGAAAAAAAAAUAACACAUACACACAAGAUGUUUUUAAAGUAAAUGUUGUUAUUAAUAUUCUACAGAUUCUCUUGUUCUGUAUGUAAUGAUAUGAUUAUUUUGUAAAAAACAACAAAACAAAACACAAGCUCUUAACCUGUGUUUUCUAGCACAAAAAAAGUUCCUCCUCUGUUUUUAUGGAGCGAAUGAAAAGGCUUAAAAAGAAAAGAGGAGAGGAGAGGGGCGGAGUGAGCUGAGCGAGACACAAAAGAAACAGACAGGGGUGGGCUCGACUCAGCCCCUCGCCCCCCCCUCCAUAAAUAAAACACACAGAGCGUCUGGUUGGCCGCACAGAGCCCAGGGUCAAAAGGUGAGAGGAAAGGUCUCUUUUGUGCCUUCCAUCCCUCUGGUGCUCAAAGACGCAUACACACAUCCAUACUGCCACAUAAACACAUGCUUACACUCAUGCACAUGCAAACACACAGACUUGUAUCUGCUCGACGGUGGCUCUGACCUCUCUCUCUGUGCUCGGCCAACCAGAAAACGGUGAUCAACCCUUGGCGUGUUUCACAAUGUCGAGGAGCCGCUGUGGAAACAAAGGCUGGUCCGUCUGCUCCUCUAAGCUGUACAAAGACUAGUUACGGAUAGUAAUAAUAACCAAUAAUAUAUCAAUGUUUUGGGCUGGAUGGUGAAUAAUAAUAAUAAUACCAUAAUAAUAAUAAUAAUAAUGAUAAUAAUAAUACUUAAACAGGAGGAUGUGUAUUUAGCAGUUUAAAAAAAAAAAGUUUAUAUGUAAAUAUCAGCAUAUCCUUUCUGGCAUCACUAACCAUCUGCAUGAUCAUGAAGAGUUUUUAUUCAUCACAUCCAUCAUCACUUUAGAUGAGCUGUGCUCUCGUCAGCCACAUGCGCGCACACACACACUUACACACACACACACACACACACAAGUGCAGACAUAUAAACUUGCUGUGCAUUUAGAUACACCACACAGACUUUAAAUAUACUGUAAAUCAUAUCAUUCAAACACAUAUCAAACCCAUCAUUGUCAUCGUCAUUAUCAUCAUCGUCAUUGUGAUAGUCAUCGCUCGUGAUACGAGUGAGAUCAGAUGGUUUCAAUAUGUUAUUGAUUAGUUAUGGAUCAGUUGCCGGUUGGUUUAGAGUUUGGUCUGUUUGUGUAAAAGCACAACUAUGUGUCCAGUCAUCACGUCAUCCCGCACACACACCUUUUGCAUGCCUCACUUUCUUUUUCUUCCACCAUUGGCUCUCUGUUUGGGGAUGGGAGGGUCCUGUUGGAAGCGAGGGGGGGCUUUAAUGAAAAUGUGUGAAACCGCGCAGGAAGUCGCGCCCACAUGCACUAAUUAAAGCUUUGGUUAUGAGACAAAAACGGACUUUGAAUUAGUGUUUAUGGGUUCAACUUUAACCUGCUGUUGGAAUCUUUUUUUGGGGAGGGGACAACGGGGGGAAGAGGGAUUAGGAUUCGGUUUGGGAAGGGGAAUGUGAGGAGACAGGAGGGCUGUGCUUCUAUCUAAGAGAUUGUAACAAUAACCACACCAGUGCGACUGGGCUAGUAGCUUCUAUUAUACUCAGUACUGUAGAACAAAAAUGCAUGGGAGUCAAAACUAUACUAGUCUGGGUGUGUGUGGAUGCCUGUGUGUGUCUUUGUGUGUUUGAAAGAGAUAGAGGGGUGAGUUAAAGUUGGAAUGUACUGUGGUCGAGUGUGUGUUUACCUAUUCCAGCAGUUCUCACGCUCUUCCACAGACAGGUAACACACCUCUUCCACUCCUGUGUGUGUACGUCGCCUGCCCCCUCGCCAGUGUGUGUGUGUGUGUGUGUGUGUGUGUGUGUGUGUGUGUGUGUGUGUGUGUGUGUGUGUGUGUGUGUGUGUCUACACCUCAUCUAAAACCACCACCUGUGUGUGUGUGCGUGAGUGCUUCACCUUGGUAUUUCACAGCAGACUCUUGUGUACACUGACUAGCCUGUCGACGUGUGUGUGUGUCUGCGUGUGUUUAGUCUGUUCACUGCUGAAUGAGGGGCAGCUGGUCCCUCACAGUGGCUUUCACACACACUGACUGUCUUUUCACUGUCUGUCUGCCUGUCUGUCUCUCUGCCGCAAGGACAGACGGACAGACAGCACGCCACUUUCUCACAGGCAGGAAUGAUCUUAACACGUACUGUCUUUUCUAAAGUGACUGUCGAAGUGUAAACAUGUGUGUUUGUACCCAUCUAAGCCUGCGUAGCCAAAUAAGACGUGUGUGUGAGAGGGUGAAUUUGUACGUGUAUGAGUGUAGGUGUGUGUGUGUGUGUGUGCGUGUGUGUGCGCGUGUGUGUGAGUGUAUGUGUGAAGCCCGAUGGAGGCUACACUACUCUAUGUUUGCUGUUCCCAUUCCUGUUUUUAUACAUUUGCAUUUUUUUAAGGCUGAGUUUCUGUCAUUGGCUGAGUGAGCGAGAGGAGGCGGAUCCUCCACGCCACCGCCCUGUCACUAAUCUGCCACUCUGUUCCAAAUAAAAAACCUGGUUGGGUAAAUCUG